AUGGCUCUUACAAAGCAGACAGCCUGCAAAUCCACUGGUGGUAAAGCACCCAGGAAGGAACUGGCUACAAAAGCUCCUCACAAGAGUGCGCCCUCUACUGGAGGAAUGAAGAAACCUCAUGGUUACAGGCCUGGUACUGUGGCACUCCGUGAAAUUAGACGUUAUCAGAUUCGCAAAAUUUCUGGUAUGAGAAAUUGCUCAGGAUUUCAAAACAGAUCUGCAUUUCCAGAGCGUAGCUAUUGGUGUUUUGCAGGAGUUUUCUCAACAACUGAUCAGUUAAAUAAAAUCCGAAGAGGGAGAAGAGUGUCUGAUUUCUCCUUCUGUUUUAUUCUUCUGAAUACAGCAGAUUCAGUGUCUUUUGAACAAACUGUUAAAAUUAUUUGUGAAGAAGAUCCUCGAGAACCAACAUUCUGUGUCUUGUUUACUUCUGUGUUCCUGCAGAGCGUCAAGCUAUUCACAAUAGAGCAUGCUAUUCUGUUAGGCCAGAAAGUUUGUAUGAGUGCAGCUUCUGAGACACGGUCUGUCACGGUGGGCAAAGGAGACCCCAACAAGCCUAAGGGCAAAAUGUCCUUGUAUGCCUUCUUCGUGCAGACCUGCUGGGAAGAGCACAAGAAGAAACACCCAGAUUCUUCUGUCACUUUCACCGAAUUCUCCAAGAAAUGUUUAGAGAGAUGGAAGACCAUGUCUGCAAAGGUAAGGUCGAAGUUUGAAGAUUCGACAAAAAGUGACGAAGCUCGUUAUGACAGGGAGAUGAAAAAUUAUUUCCCUCCCAAAGGUGAUAAGAAGGGAAAGAAAAAGGAUCCCAAUGCUCCAAAAAUGUCUCUAUCUGCCUUCUUCCUGUUUUGCUCUGAACAUCGCCCAAAGAUCAAAAGUGAACACCCAGGCCUGUCCAUUGGGGAUACUGCAAAAAAAUUGGGUGAAAUGUGGUCUGAACAGUCAGCCAGUAAACAGCCAUAUGAACAGAAAGUGGCUAAACUAAAGGAGAAAUAUGAGAAGGAUAUUGCUGCAUACCGUGCCAAGGGCAAAAGUGAAGCAGGAAAGAAGGGCCCCGGUAGGCCAACAGGCUCAAAGAAGAAGAAGGAACCAGAAGAUGAGGAAGAGGAGGAGGAGGAGGAGGAAGACGACGAAGAUGAAGAAUAA